CAUGGAUUUCCCUUCGGCUCGCCAGGCUGUUUUGAACGUGCUGCGAGGUGCGCGGGCGGGGGAUCUGCCCCGCCUGCUUCACUGGAUGAGAACAACCAAUGACUUUGAUGAAUUCACAUCCAGUAACGAUGAUAUUAUUCUCAGAAGUAUUGCUGAAGAUCUUAGAGAUUGUUUGCCAAAAGAGGCCAUGCUCAGCUCUGAGCACCUUGCUCUCCAAAAACUGCAACAGCAAACAAAACCCACAGUUCAUAUUGAUGCAUUCCUUUAUGAUGAUGACUGUAUUGACUCACUGUGUGAAGAAGGGAAGAUGAGCAGAUAUUACUGUCUAAUGUGCGGCUCUCACCGGACAGCACCAUUAGAGUUCAUUUCUCAUUCCUUUUCCAUCUCGGAACUGAAGUUUCUCUUUCGGCAUGUACUGCCUGAUCUGACAGGAAAAGUGGUGGUUGACAUUGGUUCCAGACUUGGUGCGGUCCUCUUUGGGGGCUACUUUUAUAGCUCAGCGUCUCAGAUCUAUGGUGUUGAAAUGAAUGCAGACUUUUGCCGGUUGCAGGAAGUUAUCAUUGCAAAAUACCAACUUCAUGGAAGAAUAAAGGUACUUCAUGCAAACAUAUGUACUCAGGCGUCACUUCUUCAGAAUGCUGACAUUGUUGUGAUGAAUAAUGUUUUUGAAUAUUUCCUUGACAGCUCAGAACAGGCCAGAUCCUGGAAAUUUAUCAGGCAAAAUGUAAUAAAGAAAGGUUCCUUAUUAGUGACGUUGCCAAGCCUUGAGAAAUCUCUUUCGGGGCUUCAGGUCGACAUUCAGCUCAGCCAAUGGGUGGAAGCUCUGCCGUUGGACUACGAUGUGUUUUUCGAAGAAGUUGCUGAUAGAGAAGCACUUGAACAAAUUCACUUGUACAGAAUUCUGUAAUGCAAAUGUGUAUUGAUAGUGAAAUUGCAUUGAAUUGCAGUUCUACAGUUCUGUUUUCAAGAAUUCUUAUUUUUAUUCCUGUUUUUCAUAAUGCAAACACAUAAACAAUGAGCAAUAAGAAUAACCCAAACAGAGAGGCAUACAAAAGCUCAAAUAAAGUUCUUCUUUGGAUAUA